UACGACCCAACGUUCAAGAAUCACUUGGCUGUAGCCCAAGUGCGAGGCGGGCUGGUUUUCGAGCUGGCGGAUGCGGUCCUUCUCCCCUUUGACUGCAGAGAUUACGCCAAGGCACUUAAUGGCUAUGUUGAUAUCAUUUACAACAUAACCAUGAAACAUCAGGCAGCAAUGGAAGCACACAAUGUAUCAUUGGCUUUGCUUCGGGAUUCUGUAACAGCAUUUUCAGAAGUUGCAGAUGACUUUCACCGCAGACUUGAAUUAGUAGACAUCCAUAACCCAAUUGAAGUAAGAUCUUGGAAUGAUCAAUUGAUGUUCUUGGAAAGAGCGUUUAUUGAUCCUCUUGGAUUACCUGGAAGACCAUUUUAUAGACACAUCAUCUUUGCUCCGAACAGUCACAACAAAUACGCCGGCGUGUCCUUCCCUGGGAUCUACGAUGCCCUCUUUGACAUUGAUCACGAAGCAGACCAAGAGAAAGCCUGGGAAGAAGUGAGGAAGCAGAUCUUCGUUGCUGCUUUCACCGUGACAGCUGCAGCUGGGACUCUCAAAGGAACACCAUGAUUUGCUAACCACCAUGAUUGAAUAAGGUCUCAGGUCAAUCCUACUUCAAUUGGAUCGUGGCGACAUCAUGAUUAACUUGGUAUAUGUUGUGCUUCUAGCGCAGUGAUGGCUAACCCUUUUCUCCUCGCGUGCCAAAAUCGUGCGUUUUCACACCCAAAAUACAAUGCGCUCCACCCCCUAGGCAUGCAUGCUCCCCACACACAUGCGUGCCCCCCCACACCACCGUUUUGGGCCUAGCAGGCCUUCCUGAAGCCUCCUGAGACCACAAAGGGGGCGCAAUACCCCACGCUCCCCCCACCCCCUGCGCAUGAGCAUGUGACCCCCCCUUGCGCAUAUAGCGCAUCUCCCGCUUGUACAGCAGAGACCCAAAAGCCAGCUGGCCGGUGGGAGUCGCGCACGCAUGCGCAAUGGAACUGAGCUGGGGGACGGCUCGUGUGCCAUCUGUGGCAUGCAUGCCAUAGGUUUGCCCUGACGGUUCCAGUGGAUUAAAGAUUAAAGAUCAUGAGUGUAUUCUGGCUAAAAGAUCCAUUCAACCCAAGCCGAAGCCAAUAUUAUGCAUGUAAAAGUUCCCGUGAAAUCUUUGCUCUCACUGUCCAUCCAGAAAGUAGCUCGGAUGAGUUAAAAUGUUUUUAGAUGAUCUGAUGACAUUGAGAAGGAUCAAUCUCAAUAUUUUUUAGACCUGGUUUGGGCAGGUGGGAAGAGAUUGAAUAUAUCUUUGAUGACUGUUUUUCUGACCACCGAAGUAAUGCAAUGGGGUGGGGUGGGGGGGAAACCCUGCUGAACGUAAUUUCUGUGAAUACUGUAUCUAGGACUUUAAUACCUGUUGACCUUGGUGAGACACAUCUGUCGUAGGUUCAUUUGGGCAUGGUGGCAGAUUUGAGGAUGAGAUGAUAUAGUUCUUAUAACAGGGGUCCUUUUUAUUACAACAGGAUCAAAUGUGAAGAUAUUAAACUCAAGGCUGAAA